AUGGAGUGCAACAGCGUCAUUGCCGAGUACGAGAAAAUUCUCGGAGGCCAGUUUCUACCCAAGGUGGACGGGCUCCAGGCCGCGUCUGGGAAGACUACGGCUGCUCCUGCUGGUGCCAAUGGCGCCGCCGGCCUUGCGUCUGUGCCGGAAGGCGCAUUACCAGCGCCGGGAAGCUCUGUGCUUGUCGUGGAUGACGCUGCAUCCGUACUCGGCGUGCCUCCUGGCAUUCCUGUGAUACAGACAGCGGCCGGUUCCAGUAGCACCAGUGCGAACGCCGGUGCCAACGUCGAUGCCACCGCCGGCGCAAACGCCGCAAGGGCCAGCCAAAAUAUCAACAGCAGCAGCAAAAACGGCAAGAAGAAAAAGGGCCAGAAGGGCAAAGGCGACGACUUCAUCCCUGACCUCAAAAAGGUUGUGCAGUUCAGCGACGGGGAGGGAAAGAAGCGCGUCAUCGGCCUCGAAACGUACAAGUUCAAGACGUACCGCUCGCGCUACACGCAGGUGCUCGCCGAAGCCGAGGAGAAGCCCUUCCGCGACUACGCCAUUCUUCUCAAGGCCGACGUCAACGACAACCCGCAAGGCGGUAUCAAGGCCGACUUUACGCUGGAGAUCCAGUCCGACGGCCUCAAAAACAUUUUCCGCACCAUUGCCCUGCGGUACCGCGAGCUGACGCUCGACACCGGUGACGAGCCGAUCGUCAUCGAGUACCCCUUCCGCUGCCUCUUUUUCUUGCGCACGCGCCUGCGCGAACUGCAGCAUGACCCGGCCACGGCCGCCUCGACUCGCCGCGAGCUGGCCAAUCUUGUCGACUUUAUCCAUGCACCCAUCGGCCAUGACAAGAUCAUCGAGACCUACAACAGUCUCGUGCCGCACGGCAAGAUCACCUUUCCCAUGGUGUGGACGCUGUUCCCGCCCUACGAGCCCGUGCUCGCCAUCCACCCGGGUCUCCCGCUCGACAAGAGCUCGUGCUUCUUGGUCGAGAGCGUCUCGUUCAGCCAGGAAAAGAACGAGCCGUGCUGGGAGAUCGAGGCAUUGUUCGGCUACCACGAUGGCACUCGCUUCUACCUCAAGAGCGAGACCAAGACCAUCCGCUGGUUCGACGGCGUCAAGGACAUCCACAACGACCACCACCUGAGCCUUCUGCCCCUCAGCCUCAUCGAGGAGAGCCGCCGCGCCGAGAUCCGCGAGGCCCUCAUCCGCCGUGGCAAGCUGUAUGUCGACUACUGCACACGCGACUUUAGCUUCAUGCACUACACGGGCUACGUCGAUCUGGUCAACCGCGACAGCGAGAAGCAGCUCAAGGCUCUGGGCGCCAAGAACAGCGUCUACGUCGACACGCGUGUCAUCAUCGACCGCACGGCCGAGAACAAAAUUAGCAACGCCGACGACGACAUUGGUCGCACCGUGUCGUCGUGCCUGACAGAACACUUCUCGACCACGUCCAAGCGCGAGAUCAGCCUGACGUCGAGCUCGAUGCCCGUCAUGGGCGUGCACCAGCGCCUCCGCGAUCUUGUGCAAUCCAACUUUGGGUCUGGAUCGGGUGCCGGUGACCACGACAAAGACGACGACAUUGGCGUGGGCGGCGCUGUUGAUAAGGAGGGUGACGGCGACGCGUGGAUGCUCGACCCCAAGACAUUUGCGCCGCAGGCCUUUGAGCUCACCGACGAGGACUACCUCAUCUGUCGACGCAACGUCGUCGCCUUCUUGCUCGACCAAAAGCUCUGGGUGUACUACUGCGUCAUCAGCAACCUGCGCGAGAUUGCAUGGAAGGCCGACCCCUUCAACUCGCUCCAGCUGUCGUCGGACAAGAAGCGGCUCGUGCACCGGCUGGUCAAGGGCUUUGACGGCGGCAGCAAGGCGGACAUGUACGACGAUCUCAUUGAGGGCAAGGGCAAGGGUCUGAUCUUCCUGCUGCACGGCGCACCCGGUCUGGGCAAGACACUGACGGCCGAGAGUGUCUCGGAGAGCACGCGGCGCCCACUGUACCACGUCAGCACGGGCGAGCUGAGCAUCGAAGUCAAGGACCUGGAGAAGCAGCUCAGCGAGAUCUUCCGCCUGGGCGCGCGCUGGAACGCCGUGGUGCUGCUCGACGAGGCCGACGUGCUCAUGAGCCAGCGCACCACGCAAGACCUGCGCCGCAAUGCCAUUGUGGCCGUCUUCUUGCGCAUGCUCGAGUACUACCGGGGCAUGCUGUUCCUGACCACGAACCGGCACGACGACUUUGACAAUGCGUUUUACAACCGCAUUCACGUGACGAUUGAGUACGGCGAGCUGACCAAAGAGUGGCGCGCCAACAUUUGGCGCGAGCAUGUGCAGAGAGCGUGCCGGCGGAACAAGGACCCGCUCAUGUGGUGCAGCGACGUCGAAGCCGAGGCGGACGCCGAUCGUGCGCGUCCGGCGCCAGACGCAACGUCAAAAGAAGCAACGUCAAAGGACGUGGACGGCGCCGACGGUCCGCCACUCGACCCCGUGUUGUUCAGCACCCUCGGCGAGGUCCACAGCAACGGUCGCGACAUCAAGAACUACGUCCGGACGUCUCUGGCCUUUGCCCACUCCGAAAACGAGGACCUGGGUCUUGAGCAGGUCCUGAUCGUGCUUGAGAACAACCUGCCGCGCAGUGUCGUGACGGCCCAUCGUGAUGUCCUGGACCGGCUGCACGUCCUGAGUGACCGGCAGGUGCGCCAGCGCGAAGCACGGCAGGCCAAGGUCAAGGCAGAAAAGGCGACAAGGAAGAAGGAAAAGAAGGAGAAGAAGUUGAAGGAGGCGGAAGAGGGAAAGAGAAGGGCAGACAAUGGAGAGGAUGUCCAAGAUGAAAACGCAGACGACGACAGUGAGGACUCGUCCGACGAAGAAGAAGGCAACUCAGAAUAG